UUGGCAGAUUUUACCUUAAUAAAUAUAUAUAAAAUAAGACUGAGUGAUGCCACGUAUACCGGUGCGUGUAGAACCGUAUUCUAGUCCAUCACAUCAGAAUAGACACUUUAAAUAUAAGCGGGACCGAAUUCUGCGUGCUUUAUGCAAGUCUUGUUAUAUAAAUAAGUCUAAUUUUGCGAUUUUGUUGGUUAAUUCUAAGGGGGAUUAUGAGACGUAUGCUAGUGAAGCGUUUCAGGGACAAUUGAAAUCAUGGUUUAAUCAGAAGGUUUUGAAUGAUGCUCAAAAGCUGGCACUUGCAUAUCAAAAAUCGGGAGACACGUUUAAGGAUAGAAAUCCUAAGAAUAAUCUUAAAAACAAGGAGAAUAUUGAGUUUAAAGAGAAUAGAAUUUCAGGAAUAAGUCAUGGGAACGUUUUGAGUGAAGAUGAUGUAUUAGGAUUGAAAUGUUCAAAUUCGUUAGAAAAUUCGUUUGAAGGGAGAAUAUGUGAUAAAUCUUUAAUGAGUGAUAUUAUGAAGUCAGUUCUUGGGAUGAAUGAAUCAUUGAUUCCUAAGGAGAAGUCUAUUUCGUUAAAUUCGACAUGGGAUCCGCAGAAUUUUCAAAAGAAGAAGAAUAUGAACAAAGAUCAUUUGUGUAUUGAUGUAAAUACGAAUGAUAAGAGCAAUGAAUAUGAUUCCUGGAAAACUAGAUAUAGAUCUCUUGUUAUUGGAGAUACGGCUGAGGUUAUUGCAUUUAUGGAGUCACGAUUUAAACAAUUACAACAAUCCGUAUGUAAAAUUGUGGCAAAAGCAUGGAUUAAAGUGAUUGAGCCGAAAAAGCAAACUCGUUAUCCAUAUAAUAGGGGAGAUAGGUCUAAACCUUCAUGGUGGCCUGAAAAUAUACGUCAUAAAGAGCCGGAUCACCUUAUGAAAUCAGAAAGAAUUAGUCUUCUUAUUACUAUGUUAAGAUGUUCUAAAAUUCCUAUUAAUAGACUUGAGCUAGCUACUGCUGAGAUUUCUACAUUUAUCCCUCCUGAUAAAACAAGUCUUUUGAGGGAAAUUUAUCAUGUAGCACGAGAAGAAGAAAAAAUGAGAAAUGGAGAUAUAGAAAAAUCUACUGAAAUAUAUAUUACAUUGACUGCUUAUGAUCUUUGUUCAAAUAAUAAACCACUUUCUUCCGAAAUAAAUCAUCAAUCGAGUCAGAAUGUGUCUUCGUCUUCUUCUUUUGCGUCAGAAUCAUCGAUACAAUCGCAUCAAAGUCAUUCAGAUGAAGUUGAACCGGCUCAUAAUUUAUCAGUCGUACAGAAACAUCUUUGUUCUAAUCGUGUUACAAAUGAACAAGAUACCGGUUUAUACAAAGAAUCAUUUCUCCCGUAUACACGUGAUUUUAUCCAAGUGGAGAAUCAAUUAUAUUCAGAAGAUCAAAAUCGUCUUUCCUCUGAAUAUCUAGCGUAUAAAAAACAAAAGAUAAAAGAUACAAGUAAUCAUACAGACGCUUAUAAUAUUGAAAAGGAUAAUAAUGUAAAUUGUCAGUCAUUGGAUAAUCUUUCUGCUCUUAAGAAAAAUAUGAAUGACUCUUAUCAUCCUAUGAAUUUUUCUGACUUAAAGGAGGACAAUCAAAAUUGUUAUACGAACACAUCUAUGUUUCCUCUUUCUUCUGAUCAAUUUUUUGAUUCUCCAUAUAAUUUUUCUUUACUUGACAAGAAUCUUUUGAUGCAUCCAAAACAUCUACUUCAUAACUAUUCUUCAUCAUCUGGCUCAACUUCAAAUGCUGCUAUUUCUACUUAUUUGACAACUGAUUUAUUCUCACAGAAGAAUCAUCAGCAAUUAUCAGAAAUGUUUUCUCCUAAUCAGUUUACUUCUAAAUAUUGCCAGAGUUAUUCUAAUAUCAAUCAUUCUUGUUUUCCUUUACAUCCUGAUACAUUUUAUAAUGAUGGAUUGCCAGGUACUUGUUUUUCUAUGCCAAUCAAGACUUCUAACUUUCCUGAUUCUACUGGUACUUUGCAAAUUAAAUAUGGUCAGGAUAAUACUUCUAAAAAGACUGAUGAAAGCUUUGUAGAAGAUACAAAUUAGAUCCAAUGGCUUUUCAAUCACAAUGGUAUUGCAAUUAUAUACAAA